GGCUUCCUACUUCCGGGUCGGAGAGCGCAGGGGUCCUGAGAGCAGAGCGGCGGACCGGAAACACGUGUUCUGCGUCUUCUUCUUCUUCUUCUUCACUGAGACACCACGUCGGAGAGUUAAACAUGUCCGGGAGAGAAGGAGGCAAGAAGAAACCCCUGAAGGCGCCCAAGAAACAGUCCAAGGAAAUGGAUGACGAUGAUGUCGCCUUCAAGCAGAAGCAAAAGGACGACCAGAAGGCCAUGGAGGCGUUGAAGGCCAAAGCUUCAGGAAAAGGACCUCUAGGGAGCAGCGGCAUCAAGAAAUCUGGCAAGAAGUAAGAGCUGAAUGUGACGACGAUGUUUUCUGCUCUCCGGCUUCGCCUCCUGUGUCUGAGAUGCGUGUUUGCUGGCUGAGAAGACUCCAGUGUGUUUUGCUUUGUUACACCUGAAACCCCAUCAAACUCAAAAACCAGCCCUGGUGUUGACCUCAUGUAACCAGUGAAAAUGUACAGAAAAUGAAUUGAAUAAUAUUGAGAAUUUAGCAGGAAUAUCUGUUCACAUAUUGAUAAUUAGAGGUUUCACGCUGAUGAUGAAAGCAGCUCACGCAGUCAAACACACUGAACAAAAACAAUCUUCAAACCCAGUUUAGAAAUGAAGUUCUGCAGUUUAAGAAUCCCAUGUAAACCUUUAACCAUCAGAAACACACAUCACCCCAGGUUCUUCUUUUUCCUUGAUUUUUGUUGUAUUGUAAGGGGAGGAGAGAGAUACUAAUAAAGUUUUUGUAAUAACUGCU